UUUUUACAUCUAUAAUUUCCUUUCCAAUAGAAAAUGGAAGAAGAGAUUGAAAAUAAUAUUUAGAUGUGUCACGUUACUGCGGUAUAGUGGUCUUGAGCCUGAAGGAAAACAUUUUGGAUUACUAAAUUAGUACGGUAUAAACUGACAUUUCACUGACGAGAAAGUUAUUUUUUGAAUGCGACAACUGCCAUAUUAUUAUGAAUGAUUUGUCUAUGCCUCAAUGCAGUUCAUUGGAGGUCGAUACGGUCUCAGCCAAGGAACGAUUAUCUGCUGGAGAAAUUAUAAGUGAUGAAGAGCCUCCUAAAAAGCUUAGAAAGUGUGAUUCCAAGAUUUUGAAUCCAUGCAAUAACAGUUCAUCCGAAAACGAAACUGAGAAUUCGACAGAUACUGAAAUUGACUUGUCUACUGAAAUAGAUGACAAAGAUGAUUUUCAAUCGUACAAUGCGACGCCAAUAAUGAAGGAUUCCGGAUUUGAAACGUAUGACCUUUGUGAUCGCAAAAUUCCUCCGGACAAUUUUUGGGACAUACCCGUUAUACCUCGAACAAAUGAUUUACUUUGCGAUGAAGAACCAUUUUUGAGGGAAAACAAUACGGACAGGCCUUACGAUAAUGAUGAACAUUAUUUGGAUGUUCAGUUUCGACUGAUGAGAGAAGAUUAUAUACGGCCGUUGAGAGAUGGGAUUCGCAAAAUUACCGGUGGUUGCCGACGCAGUGAUUCCGAAGUGGAAUACUAUACGGGUGUUCAGUUUGCUUAUAUCAAACCAACUAUGAAAGGUUUAUUAUAUAGAGUUAAAUUCAGCACUGGAAAUCUCAAAGAUAUAUUGUGGACAAAUACGAAACGAUUAUCCAGUGGAGACUUGCUCUGCCUAUCAAAGACUGUAGAUAAGUUUGAGAAAGUUCUCUUAUUUGCUGUGGUUGUGGAUAGAAAUCCAAAAGACUUGGUCGAAGGUUUAUUGUCGAUAAAAAUGCUUUACGAAAAUGAAUCAAACAAUCCGUACAAUAUAUUUCCACCAUUUGUGCGGAAUUCACGAACCAUGACAACGGUAAGGAUUAAAGAUAAUGUUGAUUACAAUGCGACUUAUACUAUGAUUAAAUCGGAAUCGUAUUUUGAAGACUAUACACAUGUGCUGUCGACACUGAAAGAAACAAAAACGGUUCCUUUGAAUAGAUAUAUUGUCCGAUGCUCCAAACGCGUGAAACGCCCGGAGUACAUGAAAAAAUCAACAUCUUAUAGAAUCAAGACAUAUUGUUCCAAUUCCUCAGGCGAAGAUAAAACCGGAGUUAAACAAAAAUGGAAAAAGGUUCGACUGCUGAAAGAUCGUAAAUGGCCCGAUGCAAGUAAGCUUAACCUCAACCAAGUACAAGCAGAUGCAUUGAAAUUGGCUUUGACAAAAGAAUUUGCCGUUAUACAAGGCCCACCUGGCACAGGAAAGACACACGUCGGUGUGCGAAUCAUGGAAAUUCUACUAGCUAAUGCAAAAAAGUGGCGAGGCCAUGAGUCCCACUCUCCUAUUUUGGUCGUAUGCCGCACAAAUCAUGCACUCGACCAAUUUGUGGAAAAUAUUGAAAAAUGUUGCAAAAAUAUUAUAAGAAUAGGAGGUGGCUGCAGCAGCGACAUUGUUGCAAAAUAUACUCUUAAAUCUAUUAAAAAAGAAAUGAAAACUAAAAAGAAUUCUCGAUUCAAGAAGCCAAUUGGUUCUGCUCUAGGUAGCCUAAAGAAUGGCGAGAAUAUUUUUCGAGAAAGUACUUUUCAAAUGGAAGCUUCUCUUCGAGGUGUGCUGAAAGUCGAUCAACUCAAAGAAUUUAUUCCUGGUGUUCUUUACACCCAGUUAUCCGGGGAUACUAGGGAUUCAUCACUUCUACGUUGGCUUGGAAUGCCAAUUCACGUGAUAGGACGUCUCCAAGACUGGAAGCGAUCGUCAAGUAACCAAAAAGACCAAAGAAAGCCUGCACAUGUUCAUAUUAUGGAGGAAUCGUCAAUUAUAGAAGAGAGAACGCAUUUGGAAUACGAUUUUCAUGGCAGACAGCCUGGAAACAAAAAAGAUGACAGAUAUAUUGAUGAAUUAAAAUCAAGGUAUCUUUCGGUAGAUACUGGUAUCCUACGAAAUAUGCUGCAUGAGGUCCAAUCGAAUGAUCGCCGCGAUAUACAAAAAAUUCAAAGGCAGCUUGACAAAACAUCUUCAAUGAAUGAUUAUGAAGUCCACAAUCUUCAUGCACUCAAACCUGAUGACAGAUGGUCUUUGUACAGAAACUGGGUAACGAAAUGGCGUGCUAAAAAACGUAUCAAUCGCGACAAUAUUUUGGCGGAGAAUACACACAGUCUGAAGGAUUUGACGAAGGCCCGUGAGGAUGAGAAUGAAGAAAUUGUAAAAAGUCGUGAUGUGAUUGCUCUAACAACGACAGGAGCUGCAAAGUAUAGAUCACUAAUCAAUCGCCUGCCUAUUAAAAUUGUGAUUGUGGAGGAAGCAGCAGAAGUUCUGGAAGCUCACAUUGUUACUGCAUUGCCUAAAACUACGCAGCAUCUGAUUUUGAUAGGAGAUCAUCAACAACUUAAGCCUUCUCCAGUGGUGUACGAAUUGGGGAAGAAGUAUAAGCUGGAGAUAUCGUUUUUUGAAAGAAUGAUUAAAAACUUACCACACGUUACACUUUCAACGCAACAUCGCAUGCAACCAUUGAUUGCUAAUUUGUUACGGCCACAAAUUUAUUUCGAUUUGCAGGAUCACUCCAGUGUUUCAAAAAGGAACGGGUGGGAAAAUAUGAAAGGUCUUACUAAAUCAGUAUUCUUUGUGUCGCACAACAUUCCGGAAGAAAACAUGUUAGAGGGAAAAAGUAAAAAAAACAAGUUUGAAGCCAACUUUUUAGCGAGACUUUGUAAAUAUUUGAUACAACAACAAUAUAAACCAGCACAAAUAACAAUCUUGGCUAUGUACGCUGGACAGGUAUCGGCAUUCCGUUCGGUUCUAGAUAACUCAUGCAAAGAUGUAAAAGUAACGCCAGUCGAUGGAUACCAAGGAGAAGAAAAUGACAUCAUCCUCUUGUCUCUAGUUAGAAGUAAUUCCGAGGGGAACAUUGGAUUUCUUCGGAAUGAAAACAGAAUAUGUGUAGCACUUUCUCGUGCUAGGAAUGCUUUUUAUUGCAUCGGAAAUAUAGAGUUGCUGAAGGAAAAGAGUAAGCUGUGGAGGAAUAUCGCAUUAAAAUUGGAACAAUCAGGGUGUAUUGGAGAAUGUCUAGAGCUGAAAUGCCAAAAACAUUCGGAACAUUGUACUCUAGUUAAAAAUGCUGAAGACUUCGACAACGUGCCAGAAGGUGGCUGCAUGGAUCUAUGUAACGCCCGUUUGCCAUGUGGCCAUUUAUGUAAAACGAAAUACUGCCACCCGAGCAGCCACGACAACGUCAAGUGUUACGAAAGAUGCACAAGAUCGUGCGAAAGGAAACACCCUUGCACAAAAAGAUGUCAUGAAGAUUGUGGGUCAUGUAUGGUUUUGAUACCAAAAAAAGUGCCUAAUUGUGCUCACGUACAAGAUGUCGAGUGUUACUUACCACCAGGAGAUAUUAUUUGCAAACAGAAGAUAAAAAUAAAACUUUUGUGUGGACACGAACCUUUAAUUCCUUGCUACAAAGAAGAAAUUCUAGGAAUUAGGCAUUGUCCAGUUUCGUGUGACAGAUUGUUUCAGUGCGGUCACGUGUGCGGCGGAACUUGUGGAAGUUGUUUGCAGGGUCGGCUCCACUUACCAUGCACGAAAUGCACGAAACGGAUAUUGUGGUGUGAUCACUCGAUUGAAUCAAAGUGUGGCACGGAAUUCCUUGUAUGUAGAGAAGAAUGUAAAAUAAGAUGCUCUCAUAGCAGAUGCAGGAAAGAAUGUUGGUAUCCAUGCAGCCCAUGCACAGAACAAUGUCAAUGGCAAUGUCCUCAUUAUAAAUGCACCAAGCUAUGUGGUGAACCCUGUGACCGCCUGCGGUGCAACGAGCCGUGUACAAAAAUACUGAGAUGUAAACAUAAAUGUUGCGGUCUAUGUGGAGAAGCUUGUCCAGAUAUUUGCUCCAUAUGUGAUGGGGAAAAGUUUCUUGGAAUAAUAAAGAAAAACGGAGGAAAUGCCAAUUCUCAACUGAUACAACUGAAAGACUGUGGUCACAUUUUUUCUUGUGAAGUACUCGACAAUUGGAUGGAUUGCCCGGAGGUUGAUUCAGAGCUAAAGCACAAAAUGUGUCCAAAAUGUAGUGAGCCCAUAUUGAGGAAUUCAAGAUAUGGAAAUAUCAUCAAAAAAAUUUCAAGUGACAUGGGUAUGGUGAAGCAAGAAAUGAACGAAUUUAACGAAUUAUCUUCAAGCCUAAAGCAAGAAUUACAUUAUCUGUUUGAGAUGAAGUUGAAUAUUGUGGGAUCAAUGGUAGAAAAAGGUUUCCUGGCUGCAGAUGACUAUUGGGAUAUUUGCAAAUUCAACGAGAAUAUUUACAAAUAUAGCUAUUCAAAAAUUUGCGUCUACGAGCGAAGAAUCUAUAACCUAGAAAUCGUGGCCAAUAUUUUAGCAUCUUUACCCGAAAAUCUCUCUAUAACUGAGAAAUCCAUCGAUUUUUCAAAAGAUCUCAAGGAAGCUAUCAAAGAUCUGAUCAACUGGUUGAUGUUGCCUCGAGAAAUUUGGACAUAUAGAGAAGAUGAAGAUUUUAUACGCGAGACAUCGAGAAUUAGGCAUUGUGGAUGCUUCCUCAAACUUCGUAAUAAAAUUCACGAAGGAUUUGAGAGUCGACCAGAGUCUUUUCGUGAAGCAAUUGUUGAAGUGAAAAAACAACUUCUUGGCGACUCAUCGGGAUCGUACACACUGUACGAUAAAGAUGUUGUUGAAGAUAUUCUGAUAAAAGAUAUUUUGCCCAUGGUGGAAGGAGUCUCUCUGACAAAAUGUGACGAAAAAGAAAUUUUUUGUCAAAGGAAGGCACCAAACAUAUUUGAGAGAAGGAUAAAGUGCCACAAUGGCCACAUCUACUGCGCUUCGGCAGGAAAUUGUACAUAUUGCAUGGAUUUAUCCACGUAAACGGAAGAAACGGAAUACUAUUCUUGAGAACUUUGAUUGUGUAAAUUACCAUUCCCAUUGUCGAAUCUAAUGUAGAUUUUAUAUUAUGAAGACGUAGUACUUUCGAGAUCAUUCUUGAAGUUACGAUGGUGUUUGGCUAGUUGACACUCUGGCUAUUACACCGUAUGGCAACUGUUCACAAAUAUAUUCAACAAUUCAAGUUGGCAAAUUGCCCAAGAGAAGCGUGAUUUAAUAGGAAUAAUAAUUAAAUGUAUAUCAGAGAAGAACAGAACAAAACGAUCUCCAAAUGACAAAAGCAAAAUUUUGUCAAGCGAGUUGUUUACGUCACGACACUUGUUUACUCGCCUCGUUACGUCAAACAUGCUUACGUUACAUACUGUUUUUAAGUAUAUGUGAGUCAGUAUGUGCAAUGAGUUCACAAAAGUUAGCCAACAA